AUGGUCUUCCUGAGUCUCUUGAGCAGCAGUUUAUUGAGUUUGUCGGACAUUGUCUUUGAUGUCUUCACUAGGACACAAAAGUUUAUCGUUUGCUAUACUUAUGGCACAUGUAUUCGCAUUGCAUUUCAGAACCGAAACGAUUUUCCGUUGAAUACUCGGGGCAUACACUUGUCUUUGCGGAUAUCAAAGUACCAUUGGGUGCCCACCACUGUCUUUGCCCCACAAAACGCGUACGGCUUUCGCUGUUUGCAGCUCUGGGCGUACUUUAGGGACAAAACAUUUGAGUUUUUAGAAACAGCGAUGUAUUCCUCAUAUGCUCCUAUGUUCAAAAUCACUCCCAAUUCAAUCCGAUCUCUGACUUCAGAAUUCAUAUCGACAUUAGAGUUAUGCAGUGAUUGUGCGGAAUUGGGAGUCGUGUGGGAAAUACAUGGAAAUAUUGGUCUCGGAGUCUCAUUACUAUUGCUGUGUAUUUGGUGGUCCGAUGUGUUUGAAGAUGCAGAGGCAUGUCCUUGCGGUCCCAUUGAGGACUGCCUACUCACUGGACAGUCGUUUACUUCCAAACAUAUACUGCAAAAACUUUUGGGUCAGCUAUUAGGCGCUAUCGUUACUGAAAAGUACACAAAAUGCAUUUGGUGUUGGCAUCUAAUGGCCCAACACUCGCACCUACAUGUGGCCCGAUGUGAGGCAGCCCUACAGGUGCCCAUUCUGUACGGAAUGGCUAUCGAAGGACUCAUUACUUUUAUAAGUCGUUUAAUAGCGUUAGAGUCGUCUAAUUGGAGUCAAAAAGUGGCGAUUUAUAUCAAUUCAUUGACUAGUGUUUCACUCGUCUUAUUCGCCCUCAACACGACGGGAGGCUUUUUCAACCCAAUACUCGCCUCAGCAAUGACUCUCAACUGCAAAGGAAACACACUUUUUGAACACUUUUCGGAAUAUUCUGAAUAA